GGAGCCGGCGAGCUCACCAGGUGCCCGUGGGCAUGUUCGUGUUCGGGGCUGACGGUGGACUGUUCUCACCGCGGACUCACACAGGUCCCCUAGGAAUCUGCCCAAGGAUGCCGAGAGAGUGGAUUUGCAAGGCAACAAUUUGACUGUUGUCUUCGAGACGGACUUCGAGGCCAUGUCCAGCCUUCGCAUUUUGCAACUGACGGACAACCACAUUCAUACCAUCGAGAAAGGUGCCUUCCAGAACCUCGAGUCUCUAGAGCGGCUGAGGCUCAACAACAACCAGUUGCGACAUCUGCCUGAUCUGCUGUUCGGCAGUAUGCCCCAUCUGAUCAGAUUGGAUCUGAGCCAUAAUCAGCUACAGAUGGUCGGCCGCAAAACGUUACGUGGAAUCCCGGCCAUCAAAACACUGCAACUAGACAACAACCAUCUCACUUGUAUCGACGAGGUCGCUGUCAGCAGCCUCAAGGAACUGGAGAUCCUGACCUUGAACAACAACAACCUCACGUCGCUCCCUGAGAACCUCUUCGAGGACCUGUUCCGGCUGAGGACUCUAAGGCUCUCCGACAACAAUCUGAUCUGCGACUGUCAUCUCUCCUGGUUGGCGAGGUGGUUGCGGCGGUUCCCGAGGUUGGCGCUCUACACAAGGUGCUUCUCGCCCACCCAACUCAAGGGUCAGAACGUCGCUGACCUCCACGACCAGGAGUUCAAGUGUUCCGGACUGGUAGAGCGCCCGACAGGAGAAUGUCAGACCGAACCUCAGUGCCCACAUCCUUGCCGCUGUGCUGACGGCAUAGUCGACUGUAGGGAGAAGGCUCUUACUAAAGUCCCUGACCAUCUACCGGAGGGCACCACCGAACUACGACUCGAGCAGAACGACAUUUCGGAGAUCCCUCCCAAAGCUUUCUCCUCCUACAAACGCCUCCGGAGGAUAGAUUUAAGCAAGAAUCAGAUAUCAAAAGUAGCAGUGGAUGCGUUUCUUGGACUAAAAUCCUUGACGUCUUUGGUGCUCUAUGGCAACAAGAUUAAGGACCUUCCCGGUGGGGUGUUUCACGGCCUCUCUUCCCUGCAGCUUUUGCUCCUGAACGCUAACGAGAUCUCAUGCAUUCGUAAAGACACCUUCAAGGAUCUCCACGGACUGAAUUUGUUAUCGCUGUACGAUAAUAACAUUCAGUCCUUGGCAAAUGGGACGUUUGACACGAUGCGCAGCAUUCAGACUCUGCACCUGGGACGCAACCCCUUCAUCUGUGACUGUAACCUCCGCUGGCUGGCAGAGUACCUCCACCGCAACCCCAUAGAGACUUCUGGAGCUCGCUGUGAGACUCCCAAGCGCAUGCAGCGGCGCCGCAUAGAGGCGUUGCGGGAUGAGAAAUUCAAAUGUAAGGGUGUGGAAGAGUUUCGCACGAGGUUUGCAGGAGACUGUCUCAUCGACAGCGUGUGUCCCAGCGGCUGCUCUUGUGACGGCACUGUGGUAGAUUGUUCUGCACGGGGAUUCAAGGAGAUACCCAAGGACAUCCCCAUGUACACCACGGAGCUGUUGUUAAAUGAUAACGAGAUAGGUCGCAUCAAAUCAGAUGGCUUGUUUGGUCGCUUGCCAAACCUUCAAAAGCUGGAUUUACGGCGAAAUCAAAUCACUGGUAUAGAGCAGAAUGCUUUUGAAGGCUGCGCCCGACUCUCUGAACUACUUAUUGCUGAGAACAAAAUUAGAGAAGUGCACAACAAGAUGUUCACAGGUCUACACAACUUGAAAUCUUUAUCAUUGUAUGGAAAUGAAAUUACUUGCGUUAUGCCUGGCUCUUUUGAUUUUUUGGCUGCUCUUCAUACACUGAACUUGAUGUCAAACCCAUUCAUCUGCAACUGUCACCUAGCGUGGUUCGCGGAGUGGGUGCGCAAGCGAGAACUGAUCGCAGGCAGUCCGCGGUGUGCUGCUCCUACCAGAGUCAAAGAUGUGGCCAUACACGAGUUACCUCCACACGAAUUCAAGUGCUUGAAUGAGAACGACCAAGGGUGUCUGGGAGACAACUACUGCCCACCCAAGUGUUCCUGCACAGGCACGGUCGUCCGCUGCAGUCGUGCCAAGCUCACUGAGAUACCGAGAGGCAUUCCUGCAGAGACUUCUGAACUAUACCUGGAUGUGAAUGAAAUACAAAGCAUUAGACAGGACAGGAUCAGUCAUUUAAAAUCCUUAGUGAGAUUGGAUUUGAGUAACAACCAGAUCAACAUUCUGUCCAAUUUUACGUUUGUCAACCUCAGCAAACUGGAGACAUUAAUCAUCAGCUACAAUAAACUGCAGUGUAUAGAGAGAGAUGCCUUGGCCGGACUGAAAAUGUUAAAAAUACUAUCUCUACAUGGAAAUGACAUUUCUAUGGUACCUGAUGGUGCAUUUUCAGAUCUUCACGCUAUUUCUCAUUUAGCUCUGGGGUCCAACCCGCUGUACUGUGACUGCAGUCUGCGCUGGCUGGCUGAGUGGGUCAAGAGAGACUACGUGGAGCCCGGCAUCGCGAGGUGUGUGGAGCCGCCCAGCAUGAAGGACAAACUACUCCUCACCACUCCUGCAACAUCCUUCCAGUGCAAGGGCCGAGUGAGCAAUGAGAUCCUGGCGAAGUGCAACGCCUGCUUUACGUUCCCGUGCUCCAACGAGGGUGUGUGCGAGCCACUGCCUGAGCGUCAGUACAACUGUCGCUGCUCACCCGGUUACCAUGGCAACCACUGUCAGUACAUGAUCGACGCUUGCUAUGGCAACCCCUGUCGCAACUCUGGCACCUGCAAGCUGCUGGAGGAGGGCAGAUUCAGCUGUCACUGCGCUCCCGGCUACACAGGUAUCCGCUGUGAGAGCAACAUCAAUGACUGUCUGACCCACAAGUGUGAGAACAAUGCUACAUGUGUGGACCUCGUGUUGGCGUACGAGUGCAAGUGUCUGCCUGGCUACAUGGGUGAAUACUGUGAAAAGAAGAUUCCAUUCUGCACGAAGGAGUUCAACCCUUGCAAGAACGGUGCCACUUGUGUGAACCACUUCACUCACUACACUUGUGAGUGUAAGCCUGGGUUUGCCGGAGAGAACUGCACUCAGGACAUUGAUGAUUGUCAGAACCACCUGUGUCAGAACGGAGCCUCGUGCGUGGAUGGGAUCAAUGACUACAGUUGCAAGUGCACGGGAGACUUCACCGGCAAGUUCUGUGAGAUCGCUCCCAUGGUGGCUAUGUUGUACCCUCAGACAUCUCCUUGCCAACACCACGACUGCAAGAAUGGCAUUUGCUUCCAGCCCAUGGGCUCCAAUGACUACAUCUGCAAGUGUGCUCCUGGCUAUACAGGAAAACGCUGCGAGUACCUGACCAGUCUGAGUUUUGUCCACAAUACCUCGUUCGUAGAGCUGGAACCGCUGAGAACCAAGCCAGAAGCGAACGUCACAGUGAUAUUCUCCACCACUCAGGACAAUGGGGUCAUCAUGUAUGAUGGGCAGAAUGAACAUCUGGCUGUAGAGCUGUUCAACGGUCGCAUCCGCGUCAGCUACGAUGUGGGAAACUAUCCGGUAUCCACAAUGUACAGUUUUGAGAUGGUAGCUGAUGGAAAGUACCACAUCGUAGAAUUGUUGGCCAUUAAAAAGAACUUUACACUGAGGGUGGACAGAGGUAUGGCUCGUUCCAUCAUCAACCAGGGAGAGCAGGAGUUUCUGCGACUGACCUCUCCUCUCUUCAUCGGUGGCAUCCCUCCAGAACCAGGGCAGAACGCUUUCUCUCAGUGGCACCUCCGCAACCUGACUAGCUUCAACGGAUGCAUGAGGGAGCUGUGGGUGAACCACAAGCAAGUGGACUUCACGAAUGCAGCUCGUCAGCAGAAGGUGACCCCAGGGUGUUCGCUGCUCCAGGACGAGGAACAGAUGGUGGAGGAGGAAGGGGGAAGAGCAGACGAUGAAGAGGAGGAGGAAGAAGAUGAUGAUCCCUGUCUGAACAACCAGUGUCGCAGAGGAAGUAAGUGUGUCGCCAAGAGACCGGGUGAAUACGUGUGCAAGUGUCAACCAGGCUGGAGUGGCAAAUAUUGCGAACAGGCACCGACUUGCCGCAAGGAGCAGACACGAGAGUAUUACAGCGAGAACGGCUGUCGCUCACGCAAACCCGUCAAGAUGGCCAAGUGUGAGGGUAGUUGCGGUUCCAGCUGCUGCCGUGCACGCAAGACCAAGCGACGCAAAGUGCGUUUAAUAUGCAACGACGGAACACGAUACACGAAGGAUGUGGAGAUCGUGCGCAAAUGUGCGUGCACCAAGAAGUGCUACUGACUAUCAGGCCCCUCCCACUCCACUCACGUAGCCCUGCCUCACGUCCGACUCGAGCCCCCACUGAUGACAGAGGCCCACUUCCACUGGACCACCACCAAUAGAUUCUUCUUUUAUUUUGUAUAUAUUUCCGUUGUCAGUAGCUUAUUUAUUAUCGUGAUGUGGUCGCUGUGUGUUUGUCUGUUUCUACUCCUUCCGUAGGAUCGGUUCCCUUGCAAGACAGCCUGCUGACCUGACCUGACUUCACCUCGCUAACAGACGGAAACCUUUAUUUUUGUCGAUAACACAAACUCCUGUAGCCUACGUUUAGAUUAGUUUCACCGUAUGCUUAAAGCUGUGAUAUGUCUCGACGUGCUGUUACGUGCAUUCAGUAUUCAGUGCAACGGUAUAAUUUCCUGUACUACAUUGCGUUCAAUUUACUACAAAAAUUCUUCAGCGUAUCACUUUUAAACUUACUUCGGAAAAAACUACAUUUUGUUUUUAAAAAAAAUCUGAAAUGGCACUUUCUAUUUUAUAGUUACUAAACUCUUGGAUUUUUACACAAUUUUAAGGAUUACUUUUAAUCUAUCGAUUAUAGUAGAUAUAAUGCCCCUCUUUAGUUACAUCUUAAAUCGAUUGAAGUAAUAUUUUUAUAUGAAAUAAUAUCAAGUGCAUGUUAACUUUAAAAUAAAUUUGUGUGACUUAUUCCAACCACUUUGAUGCAAUUGACGCUAUGCAUACUAAAUACAUUUACAAAUAUAUAUACAUUUAUUUAAAAUAAUUUUUUAUGAAUACUUUGCUUGCCUUUUAUGUUAAAAAUAGUAAGUAUGUAUGGAAAAUAUUUUACUUUGAGUUAAACCAGUCAUGAAUUAGUUUUAGAAUAUUAAAUUAAAGAACAAAAGUUUGACUAAAAUUCCCCUAUCAUGCAUGCUGCCAUUCAGUAUUGUACACAAAUAAUGUAUAGAAUUUUAUAAAGUAAUAAGCCUUGGUCUGUUUGUGUUCAAAUAACAAUUACACAAAUUUGAAACAAAUUGAAAUUAGGUAACAGACCAACAACUUUAUUUUAAAAAAAUGUAUUAAACCGUGAAUUUCUAUUAGUUUUGUGUUUUAGUACACUAAUUCAUCAGGUAGUGAAAAAUUUGAUUGUUUAGAAAAAGGCUUCUUAUAUAAAAGAUAAUUAGUUUGAUAAUUGGAUGGUUCCACUAAAAUUUGCUGUUAUCAGAUAUGAAGAUUAAUCAAUAGAUAUUUUGAUUCAAUAAGUGAACUUAUAUUUUAAACCACGAAGAUUAAGGUAGCAGGCUGGAUUGUAUUGGAAUGAGUAUAUCGUACGGUUUUAUUUGUAUUAUAUUUUUAAGGCAAACCCAUUGUUAUGAAAUUAUAUCUAGAUAUUUAUUUAUUGAGGACAUUAUUGUAUUAUUAUAAUUACUAUGAAAAUAUGGUUUAGCCUGUUUGUUAAUCAUUGUGAAAAUUAUUUAUUGCUUUUUAGUCGAACACCGGGGAUCAUUUAGCACUAGCUAUGACAGAAGUGUAAAGUUUGUACCGUAGUUCUGUUGUUAGUGGGUGAUAUUGCUGCGUCAAGAGUUGACAAGUCGGGUGGAGUGAUGACACAAGGAGGGGCCUUUAGUUAGCACCGUAGUCCGUACCGUUGUCUACCAGUUCUGUACAUACUUGGACAUGCUUCAGUGUUGCAUGAUUAGCCGUAGGUUUUGUACAGUCUAAGCCAUGUCCCACUAGGGGGCACUCUAUAUAUAUAUACGUACUUUAUUUUAUGUGUGUUGUGUUUAUUCAGACUCACAUAUCUGUGUCCGAUAACAAAUAACAAGGAGUUAUUUUAUUAGAAUGCCUCUCCUCCAGGUCAGCUUGUACCCACAGGGUUAUCCUUACUGAGGUUUGAGCUGUAUGAAAAAAUUAUACAUUCAAAUCAUUCUUACAUGCAAUUUAAUGAUUAUUUGUACGUUAUAUAGAAAUAUCUUUCAAACAAAAUUUUAAAAUAUACAUAUAAUUUUUAUAGCAAUCUUUGUACUUCAUAAAUGUAUAAUACUGAAACAAAAAUCCUUUACUUUGCGGUAAUAUGAUUUUAAGUAAAAUAUCGUCAUUCAUUGCUGACGUUUAGUACAUUGAUAAUAAAUAUUGCACUAGUGAAAUAAUUUAUAAAAUUAUGUUACCCAAAUACCCAUCAUAAAUUAAUACUUAAUACUGUACCUAUAAUUUUAUAGUUCUUGUGCAUGUUUCUCUUUUAUUCGUUUAUCGGAUAUUCGAUGAUGUAAUAUUAAACUUAAUAUUUGUACAUCACACCUGAACCCAUUUUUUAAUACAAUUGUUGGCUAAAAACAGGCUACCUUGUAAAUGUUGCCGUUUAUAUCAUUUUUCUGUAAGUAUGUAUCCAUAGAAUUACAGAAUAAUCUGUUUUCCACAUUCGGUGCUCAGCUUUAGUAAGGUACCUCUAAAGGAACAAGCUGCCAAACAAAAACUUACCAUGACUGUUCCUAUCAGUUUUAAUGUAAUUUUAAAUACAAACUUAUCAUUACCACACAACAUACUUAAAAAUAUAGUAAAUCCAUGUAUGGAAAAUGUAAAGUACAAAUAAUAAAUAUUUAGAGAUUAUAUAGUUUGAUUUGAAACGAGUUUGAAUAGCUUUGAGUUUAUCAAACAGCCAUUUUUUUAUUUUUGUAACUUUAAUACUCACGUGAACAAGUUUAGUAUUCCUUCUUUGCAGAUUGUAUGUUUUAGUCAGAAGUUUUAAAAGCUUAGUAAUAAGUUGUACAGUUUCCUUUUAAUAUGUAUUAAUUUUUAACAGGGUGUAAGGACCCAAUUGUUGUCAUACCUAUAACAGUUUUAACAGUUUGGAUACCGAUGUGUAUUUCUGUAAAUCCUGUAGUUUUCGUAUAACACUAGUUAAGACAAUAGAUAACAAAGAUCAUGAGACUAGAAGGUUAUUUGAAGUUGUAUACUUAUUAAAAUUUACAUUGUUUAAAAAUAAUAUAUUAUCAUAGACUUAUCAUAAAUUUUUACAUGUGCAUUUAAAAUGUGAAAUUGUAAAUUGUUUUGAAAUAUACAGUGAACAGUUUUAUUUGUAA